GCAGUAGAUGCGUGAUGGACGUUGAAUUUGACGGUCGGCAAUUUUUUUAAUUUCGAUGCUACGAUUUCAUGCAAGCUGUGCUUUUUUUGUGUGUGUGUAGUGAAAGUGUUGUCGUUGCAUGAACGCGCUGUGCGCUUGCAGAAAACUCAACGAAGUAAAUGACAAGUAUUCAAUGGUAUUUCUAAAUAAUAAUGAAAUUAGCUUUGCUUAAGGCAUAGUUCAAUCAAAAUUGUUGUUGGUGUUUUAUAUUUUCCUCACAAGAAAAUUGCAAUUUUUUUUGAUGCGAAAAGUGAGUGUUGCGUAAAACAUGAAAAUGCUUCGAAAGUCACGUUGUACACCAGCAUAAGUGUUUACAGUUAAACCAAAGUAUUUGCUGAGCGAAGUUAUCAAGUGAAAGUUCAAAGCGAAGCAGUGAAUUUAGUGCCCACUGGGAGUUGGGAGUUGCUGUGAGGCCAGGAAUACAAAGCAGCUGCUUUGAAGAAAACUUUGUGAAAUUUUGAUUUAAACAAAUCUACAACUAUUCAUGCAACAUAAACUAAAAACCAUUGAAACAGUUCACAAUUAAUAAGCACAUACGUUGUAUAUGUGUAUAAAAUAUACUAAAUACAUGUGCAUGUAGUGAUGCGGGAAAAUCGAAAGUGUUUUGCGGCAGGAAAUUAUUAAUAAUGCGCGCGCUGUGGCCGCAGAUUUAAGCUAAUUAAUUUGUAUGCGCUUGUAAUAGCUUACAAUAUACAGCAUUAACAGCAACAAUAAUAACAACAACAAUAAUAACAACAACAAUAACAACAACUACAACACAAAGACGGCAUUAGCUGCAGUAACAAAUUACGAAAUUACAACAAAACAAAAAUUCAGCGGUAAUUAUUAGCAUAAAACCCAUAGUAGGGCAGCGGAUGCAGCGCAUCUGUCAGCGGACGAAGGCUGCAUUUAUUAGUUGUUCACCGCAGAACCAUAAUCAGCUGCUUGCCAUAACGCGACGCCCGGCGCAAGACCACAUAAUUCAAAUAAAACACGCAUCCGCCACACAGAAUUAUCAGCGCGCUGCAGACACCGAACAGUGCAAGUGCAUGCAUGUGUGUGUGUGAGUAUGUGCGGCGGAAAGUGCGCGAGUGAAAAUUGUGGCAUUUGAAUUUUGCAAAUUGAAUAUAGCAGCAAUACACAGCGCUGCGGCAUGUGCAACAAAAGUGUUGAACGCGCGUGUAAACAGUGAUGUCUUAAAUUAUUAUUUUCGCAAACGCAAUUUAAGGCAUAACGGCAUAACCAAAGGGAUAAAGUGAAAUCGGAUUUUUUGCUUGAAGCCGAGUGCCGUCAAAAUAAAAGUGUGUGUAUCCGUUAGCUGAGUGCCGCGUAACCAAAAAGAAGGAAAAAAUCUUAAGCAGCAAAAGUAGUGCUUAUAGCCACAUGCACACAUAUAAAAACGCAGUGUGUAAGAGAGUAAACAAAAACUAUCCACUCUAACGACAACACGUCCGUCGCGCUGCAAACGCAACUUUCGCUGGAUGUCUGUGCGCGCGCCGCGUCCGCCUGCUGGUCUGUCAUAAAAUAUCAAUUUGUGAUUUUUCAAUUUUGCCGCCGACAGAUAAACGCAAACGUGCUGCCACAAGGGCGCGCCGCGUCUCCCGCAGCCUUCACGAGCGCUCGAUCAUUUAUUAGCCGCAUUAGACGUGCCACACAUCCUAAGUAGCGGCGUUGGCGGUGUGUGUGUGUGCGUAUGUAAUAAGAAAAACUAAUAAUUCGGCUAGUGAACGCGUGUGGCGAGUGCGAAAAAAUAAGCAUAUAACCAAAACAACAACAAAAACAAGAAACUAGUGUAGAUAUACGUACAUAUAUUGUGUACAAACUUAGUGGUGUUUGCUUGCGGUGCGUAUCUUAACCGUUGCGGUCUGUGGCAACAUUGCGGCGAAACGUGCUCGCAUUAGCUUAAGCCACAAUUGGCAAAUGCAUAAACAUACAAACAGACGUAAUAACAUACGUUAGCGCGCUGCUUGAUCCGUUCAAUUCAUUUGCUGCGCCAAGACAACGUGCCACAUACAACUUGACUUUGCUUGACACUCUGGCGUACGCGCACAACGCCACCUUGAAGUGCUCGCCCACUCGUCUGUCUGCCUGCCGGUCGCUUGAUUGAAACGCUCCGGUGUAUUGCGGUCGUAAAAACGUGCGACCAAGUGUUUGCUUGUAAUUUGCGGUCAAUGAAAUUGCCUCUUAGCCGCGCCCUUGGAGGCUUCGUGUCGUCGUGCGCCUCCGUUGCGGUUUCCGCGUUAUCGCUGCCGUCACACGCGUUGCAGGCCUGCAAGUGUGACGCGUCGCCUGAGGUGAAGAUGUCAACGUCGGCGCGGCACACACACAGCACUGGCUCGACGCGCAGCCAACGCCAAGUGCGGUGCGGUGUCAGCAGCAAUUGUGGCAACGGGAUUAGCAAUUUUACGCAGUGCUUAAUUACUUGCGGAUUGCUUUUGCUCUUGGCUGCCGGUAAUGCCAUCGUUGAGGGCGCAUUGCGAAAUGUCAAUUUAAUCAUCGAACCACCGGCGGUCCGGCGCGGCCAGCAUGCCAUCGUGCGCUGUCUCUACGAUUUGGAAGGGACGCCACUCUAUUCGGCCAAAUUUUAUCGCGGUCAAUUGGAGUUCUAUCGCUACACACCUGGUGAAUUUCCGAAUACGAAAGUUUUUCCAUUUCCCGGCAUACACGUCGAUGUGACCAAUUCAAAUGCAACGCAAGUGCUCAUCCGCAAUGUGGGCUUCGGUCUGUCCGGCAAUUUCUCCUGCGAAGUGACGGCAGAUGCGCCGCUCUUCUCUACGGCAACGGCCACGGGCAUUAUGCAAGUUGUUGAAUUACCCGAGAAGCGGCCAACACUUUUCACUGAGCAUACGCGCUACGAACCGGGCGAUGUGUUGCGCGCCAAUUGCAGUACGCCGCCGUCAAGGCCACGUGCUGAGCUAAAAUUCACAAUAAAUAAUAUGGUGGUUGGCACCUCGGAAACACAAUACAUACGCACCAUUGACAAUUUGAUGGCAUCGCGCAUCAGCCUGAAAUUGCAGCUGCAGGGCAUACACUUCACCAGCGCAAAUCCGUCGCUGCUCCACAGUGGUGGCGGUCACGGUUAUGGCGGUUACAAUGGCGGCAUGAACUCGGUGCACAGCUUCGGUAGCGCUGGCAGCAGCGCCGGCAGCGGUGGCUUCAGCGUUGGCAGUCUGGUUUUGCGUUGCACAGCACAAAUUGGUGAUUUGUAUCAGGAGUAUAAGGAAAUUGAAUUGGGCACACCGCAAAAGGAUCCGGUGCCGGCGAGAGUGACGCUCUCUUCUGGCUCCAGCAUGACGAACUUUUUCAGCUCAUACUUUUCCUCCUCAAGUCGACGUUUGCCACCACCGACUGCUGUCAUUAUGCUGCUAAUGGCAAUCGCUAGCAUUACAGCAACUACAACAAUAACAACAACAACACUAACUGCAACAACAAUGACAUUAUUGGGUGGAGUUGUUGAAUUAUGCAUUGCAACAUUUGCAUUCUUUAAUCAAAUGAUGCAGACAGCGCACAAAUUGAGCAGCAAAUGUAUAGAAGAGCAACAACAACUACUACAAAUGCAAGCAACACGACAACCAAGUGCAAAGCUAUGUUCUGCAAUGCGCAUAGAACGCAUUAAACAACAACAAUCGCAACUACUGCCCAGUUGGCUGCAGUGGUGGCAAAAUUAUGCACCACAACAACAACAGCAAAAACAACAUAUGCAUGUCACUACAGUCACCAGCUCGGCGUUGCACGUACCGAGGUUCACUCACAGAUAACUUAAAUCAAAUUAAAUGUGUUAAUUGAAUUAAAAUUUAAUUUAAUAAGAAAAAGUAAACUAAAAGCGAUGCGCGGUAGACGAAAGGGAGGAGAAGAAGAAGCUUAAAGUAAAACAAAGUAAAGUAAAUAAAUGAUAAAAAAUUAGGCUAAUUAAUAUUAUUGUAUUUUUAUAGUAGUUUUAAGUGAAUAUUAUGUUUUACGUGUAAUUACGAGCAGAGAGCAAAAACAACAAAAAGAACAACAAAUAGGAAAUACACAACAACAGCAAGCAGACACUGAUAAUUACAUUUAAUGCGAUUAUAAAUGUGCGCAACAGCUGUGAGCUGGCGAAACGCGAAGUGACAGACUUCGACGCGCCGAAAGGAAGAAAAGGGAGAACGGGAAAGAAAGUGAGAUGGGAAAAGCGUAAAAUUAAGGGAAUAAACUUGAACUAAAUAAAGAUUGACAUCGAUGGCGAGAAAUGCACUAAUGAAUCAAAAAAUUGUAAUAAAAAGAAUGAAAAACUAAAAAAAAAAUAAUCUUUUAGUUUUUGAAAUUAGUGAUUUUUCUUUACAUUUCAUGGUAAAAUAUUUUUAAGGUCAUUAAUUUUACGAAACUCAGCAAGCGUUGAGAAUGCAUGAAGUAAAUAAAAAUUACACAACAAGUGUUGAAAGGGUGACUAAUUUAUAGUAAGUCUACACUAACAAAUGUAUGUAUACCCUUUGGUAGCCUUAAAAGCAAGUCAAAAAAGUUUAAGGUGGAAAAAUAAGCAAAAGAAAAAUAUUCCAAUAAAUACCAAUAAAAUAUGAAAAAUUUGAAAUUCAAAAAAAAAAAUUAAUUAUUUAAUAAAUAUAAAACAACAGCAACUAUUAAAUGUAUAAUAAGCAGCCCAUAACAACAAAAGAAACCAAACAACAACAAAAAAUAAUGUUUCUCAAACCGAAAAUUACACCAACAAAUUGCAAAAACGCAAAAGAAAAGUUAUCUAAACGCAAAUUAUGCUAAGCAACCUAACCUGCAAGGGUUUUGCUUUAGACCAAUAUCUACCGAUCUAGCAAAUAAUGUACCACAAAACAGAAAAUAAAUAUUAUAAUUAAAUAAAAUAUUGAUAAA